GUGGUUAUCACAAUCACUUGCGGAGUUCUGGUUCCUUCGAGCUUCAGGACAAAGGGAAUGGAUAUUACUACCUUUCCUUCUGGCCAUUUAUUUUUCCUUUCUUGUUCUGCUUUCUUUUUGGUUCUGCUUUCGCCAAAUCUUGCACUAGAUAUGAUCCCUCUGGACGCUGCCCUGCCUGACUCAUUUCUCUUCCGAAACCACUGUUUGUUUUCAUGGUCCCCAUUCUCUAACCUCCUUUAGGCUUCCCUCUGCUUGUGAUUCUUGUUUUGUUUUCAUGAUUUUUCGUUCGUUUGGGAGGGUCUUCUUCCUCUGAGGGUUUCAUCGUUUUUCCAACAAUUUGCUUCAAGGAUUUCUUACCUUGAGAGAUUCUGGCUCUUCUCUUUUUUGUUGGCGUUCACUAUUUCAUUCGUGGUGCUCACGAUUUUGAUUCUCUGAGAUUGCCAAUACCCGUUCUUAAACUUUACAGUUGCGUUCAUGGCCACGACGGUCUUGCAAAACAGUCAGGAAAUUAGCAGGCAGGAAAUUCAGGCGGCUAUUGCAAAAGCCGUGGAGCUCAGGGCUCUUCACGCCACAUUGCUCCAGGGAAACAGUCCCGCUAAUCUCAAGUUGCAGACUUGCCCUUCUCCAUGUGGAUCGCGCUCAUCGAAGCAGUUCACUGCUCAGGAUUACCCUAUUUUUACUCCUAGUUAUGAAGACGAGGCUUUACCUGGGUACCACCAAAAACUCUCAGACUUUCGAAGAUUGGGAGAGAAUGAGAAUGGCAUUGAUCGCAAGCUUGAUGAAGAGGACAGAGAGUUUGAUGAGGAUAAUGAAGAGGACUUCCCAGAUACUAAAAGAGGGAAAGGAAGACUUUCUUCAGGCUUGUUCAGCAGAGAACAGCACAUAUGUUCAGAAGACGACCACAAAUUUUACAUGAGUUCAUCACUUAAUUACAUGAACAGUCUGCAGACAUCACCAGGAAAUGAGUUUGUGAGAUCAGGUAGAAGAACAAGUUCUGGAGAGUUUAGGACAGUUAUGUCUUGCGAUCAAUGCAAGCCUGCAAAUAUCAGUAAAGGUACUGAUAUGAUCAACAGCCAUGGCAAGCAUAAGAACUCCAUUGUCCCUGCAACAGAGCCGAACUUCUCUUUGCACACACCUCCAAAGACUAAAGUUACUCCAAUCUUGUCUUGGUUAUUUACCCGUAAGAAGAAAGCAAAAGCUGAAACAGAAACAAUCAACAGGGCAGAAUCCAUCAAUGUGCCAGAUGUUAUAAAGGAGUGGGGAAUAUUGUCACUUGAAUCAUUAAAGAAAGAACUUAUGGAAGCAAAUGAGAAUAGAGAUGCAGCAUUGAUGGAGGCGUCAGAAAUGAAAUCUUCAGUGAUGGAACUCAAACAGAAACUUGCACACUUAGAAGCAUAUUGUGAAGAUCUUAAGCAAGCUUUGAAACGUGCUGUGCAGGGAAAGGAUGCACUGGUUCCUGAGAGGCCAAACCUUUCAAAGAAAGGAAAAAAUAGUGGAAACAGUAACAAAGAUAAUUCUAUGCCUGUGAGCCAUGAAGUGAUGGUUGAAGGGUUCUUACAGAUAGUAUCUGAAGCAAGGCUUUCGAUGAAACAAUUUUGUCGAACUCUUGUUGGCCAGAUUGAGGAGGCUGAUGAUGUGCUGAGGGAGAAACUUAAUCUAUUGCUGAAGCCUUAUAGCAUCACUAUGAGCUUGAAGCCCACAAGAGGAGUCCUGUACCAUUUGGAAGCAAUACUUAACCAAGCCUUAUAUGAAGACUUUGAGAACAGUGUGUUUCAGAAGAAUGGAUGUCCAACAUUUUUAGACCCACAUCUGGAUCGCCAAGCAAAAUUUGAAGCCUUUGUUGCAUUAAGAAAUUUAAGUUGGAAUGAGGUACUGAGAAAAGGGACUAAGUACUACAGUGAAGAUUUCAGUAGGUUUUGUGAUCAAAAAAUGAGUUGCAUCAUUUCUUUGCUGAACUGGUCUAGACCCUGGCCAGAACAGCUGCUGCAAUCCUUCUUUAUUGCAGCAAAAUGUAUAUGGCUGCUUCAUCUUCUUGCCUUCUCUUUCAGCCCUCCAUUAUCAAUAUUGAGGGUGGAAGAGAAUAGAAACUAUGAUGCUCUCUACAUGGAUGAUGUUCUGUUGGGGAAGCAGAGACCACAAACACCGUCAAGGGUAAGAAUCAUGGUAACUCCUGGGUUUUAUGUCCAUGAUAAGGUACUAAGAUGUAAGGUUCUGUGCAGACAUCGAUCUGUAAAUUAAGUGUCCAUUCUCUUGUUGUUUGAGCUUUGUCUACAUUAUCGCAUUGUUGCAUAUGUAUGUUUAAUAUUUCAAUUUUUUGUGUGUUUCAUUUCAAAUAGCAAAACUUUGAAUCGAGAAGUUUCGAGAGAAGUUUUGCAUCAAUAAAUUUCAUGCUUUUAUGUUUUUUAUUUCAA